AUGGGAAGCCGUAGAGCUGUUGAAUUGGGCGCAUGCGUUUUGAUUGUCUUAUCCCAUGUCGUUUCUGUUUGUACAAUAUCUGGCCAAGUACUCCCAAGCCAAUCCAAGCAAAGGAAAGGGAGUCUCACAUCGACAAAACACAAAAAGAGGGGACUCUCCCUCACUUAUAAAAGGAGACUCAUCUCCUUCAAAGAAAAGAGAGAGUUAGACAGGCUACUAGGGCACCAUAUGGCUCAUAAGAGCCUCAUGGGCUUACUCCUAAGCCCAUUUACAAGCCCACGGAUCAUUUGCCUUCAGCCAGAUCCUCAGCCUUCGGCCCUCCACCUUCAACCAUCAGCCUUCGGCCAUCAGCCUUCGACCCUCAGCCUUCGGCCAUCAGCCUCCGGCAUUCUUCCUCCUCUCCUUGGGUCUAACUCUAUGUGCAAUGUAUACAGUCUUUAUCAUAAUGAGAACAUACUUCUCCGUGGACGUAGCCCAUUAUUCGGGUGA